AUGCCGCACUUGGCACUGGCUUGCACGGUACUGGCAGCGCUGCUGGUGGCGGUGGCGGCGGUGGCCAGCUCGGGCGUUCCGAUGGCACCGGUCCUCCCCGCGGCCAGAGGCGAGCACCGAGCCGCCAGCGGCCUGCUAUCGAGGAUCCAGCGCUCCGUGAGGAGGCUCGCCAGGGACUCGGAAGAGUGCAACGACUCGGAAGCCCUGAGCGACCGGAGCAUCUCCCCGUGGGAUCACAGAGUGGACCACGACCCCGAGCGGUACCCCGCGACCCUGCACGAGGCCGUGUGCCGCGUCGACGGCUGCGCGACGGCGGCGGCGGCGGCGCGCGGGGCACGAGCGGGGCACGUCCGGCGACUCCGCAGCGUUCCCGUCACCCAGGCCGUGGCGGUGCUGCGCAGGAGACUCGGCCCUCGGGGCGAGACCGUGCUGGUGCCCGACACGCACAACAUCGCCGUGGCGUGCGUGUGCGUGCGCGACCACACCUGCUGA